AGAUUUGUCCUAAAAAUCCAGAGUGAUGUUGUUUUGUUUGGUUCAUAAUGAUGUAAGAACGUAAGAUGUUGUAAUGUUUUGUGCUUCGGUGAAUGUGACUGCUCCCAUUCCCAAAUCAUCACCACUCUCAGUUUCAGCCACCAUGUCCCCUGUCAGAGUUGCGGCGGCUCAGAUGACAUCCAUCAGCGACGUCGCUGCCAAUUUCGCCACUUGCUCUCGUCUCGUCAAAGAAGCAGCAUCAGCCGGAGCCAAAUUACUUUGCUUUCCCGAGGCCUUCUCUUUCAUCAGUACUAACGAUGGGGACAGUGUUACCGUUGCUGAACCAUUGGAUGGACCAAUUAUGAACCACUACUGCUCUUUGGCCAGAGAAUCCAACAUCUGGUUGUCACUUGGAGGCUUCCAAGAGAAAGCAUCUGAUCCUCAACACUUGUGUAAUACCCACGUUAUAGUUGAUGACACCGGGAAAAUUAGAAGCACUUACAAAAAGAUACACCUGUUUGAUGUAGAUGUUCCUGGUGGAAGGGUAUAUAAAGAAAGUAGAUUUACAGAACCUGGCAAGGAUAUUGUUGCUGUAGACAGUCCUAUUGGGCGUUUGGGCCUCAGUGUAUGUUAUGAUUUGAGAUUUCCAGAGAUGUACCAGUUGUUACGUUUCAAACAUGAAGCACAGAUAUUAUUGGUGCCUUCAGCAUUCACUAAUGUGACAGGUGAAGCACAUUGGGAGAUACUUCUUCGUGCUCGAGCAAUUGAGACUCAGUGCUAUGUCGUUGCUGCUGCACAAGCUGGCAAACAUAAUCAUAAAAGAGAAAGCUAUGGUGACACAUUGAUUGUCGACCCUUGGGGAACAGUUGUUGGUCGAUUACCAGAUCGUUUGUCUACAGGCAUUGUGGUAGCUGAUAUUGAUUUAUCAUAUGUUGAUUCAGUAAGAGAGAAAAUGCCAAUUGCCCAGCAAAGGAAGCCAAUUGACUUCUGGAAAAGUGCAUCACUGUAGUUUCUAUUUGGACCAGUCAAGAAGGGGUAGCUUAUUUAAAUAUGUGAUUUCUAUGUACCAAAAGAAAUGUAUGUUCCAUGUUAGAUUCCCUCAAGGAUAGUAUCUACAAUUAUGAAUUUCGGUCUUCAUGGUAAUAAAUCCUGUCAUAUCUCCUACUCAUUUGUGCAUG